AUGGCGUCAGCCGCUCACAAUCUAACCCCGCGCCAACUGGAAGAACUCCGAGAUAUUUUCAACUGUUUCGAUGCAGACGGAAACGGUACAAUAAGCAAAGAAGAGUUCUCCAAAAUUCUCAGUGUUGUCAGUUUAAAUCCCUCCACUGUACAAAUUGAACUGCUCAUGAGCCAAGUGGAUAUAAAUGGUGAUGGUCAAAUAGCUUUUGACGAAUUCGUCGAGUGUUUCGGCGCUAAUGAACUGACUUCCGCUCCCGAUGUUACAACUUUACAGGAAACUUUCCGAGUUUUUGACAAGGAUAAUGAUGGUUAUAUAACAUCCGCCGAACUUCAAACUGUGCUUCAACAGAUGGGUCUGGAAGUUACCGGUAUGUUCAAUGAACUUAAUUUUCUCAAUAUUUCGAUCAUUCUGAUUAGCUGA